AUGGCGAGCGCGCAGCCGGGAUUCGGUCUGCCGGAGGAGGUGCUGGCGGUGCUGCCGGAGGACCCGUUCGAGCAGCUGGACGUGGCGCGGAGGAUCACCUCCAUCGCGCUCUCCAAUCGGGUCUCCAAGCUCGAGGAGGAGCUGUCGGCGCUGCGCAGGGAGCUGGAGGAGAAGGACGACGCCGUGGCUGAGCUACAGGCGCAGAUGGAGGCCCUCGACUCCUCUCUGGUGGACAUCUCCCAUCAGCUCUCCCGAGCGGAGGAGGAGAAGGAGGUCCUGCGCAGCGAGAACGCCUCCCUCGCCAGCACCGUCAAGAAGCUCAACCGCGAUGUUUCCAAGGUGUGUACCAGUCCGUCGCCUCUGUUGCCAUGGACGACGAUUCACCGAGCAUAUCUCGUUUCUGCCACCAAUUCUAGCCAAUUUCGGGAUCUGUUCACGCACUUGUAGCGUCCCCAGAUUAUUUUGUCGAGCGCAUAGGCUAUCCAUACAUGACCUCAUCUUAUUAGAACUUGCUCUAUAGAUGAGGAACUUCUCUUGAAACUCAGGAGAUCACGAAGAAGGUAGGGAGAGAGCCGGAUUCGGCCCACGCUCAACGAGAGCAAGGUGGAGAGAUGUGAAGAUGUGGGUAAUGUCAGAAACUAAUGGAGAAAACCGCAGGGCACACAAGGUGUGAGACUUUCGCUUUUGAAUUGGGCGAAGAACUUUACCAGUGACAGAAGAACAGCUGAGUCUCAGUAAAUCUCUCCUUUCUAGUUGAUGAAAAAUGUGUGUAAAACCCAAGAAUUUGGAGAUCGAAGAUGAAACGGAGAUGACUCCUGGCGAGUUGGAGUAGGCUGGGCCAAAAGUGGGAUGACAGCCAAUGGGGACCAUCUGCCUCCUCGAGGAGCAUCGGCGAGCUUCUCUUUCAGCAGCUCCACCUCUUUCACCGCCUCGACCAUCUGCAUGUCGUGCCUGUUCUUCACAGCGGAGGACAGGUUCUUCUAAAUUAUGACACCAAGUUGUAUAACAUUAUUCACAAUACUCAAACUUAGAUCUUGAUUUCCAUCUAAAUGAAUCACAGCUUCCAUCCCCGAUAUAAGAACACUCCUCAAUGAGAAACUGAUAUGGUGUUUUCAGACCCACAAGAAAUAAACACACGGCAUAUUGCUCCUUUUAAUACAGCAUCUCUCUUUAUUCCUCACAACUGAACUUGAAUUACAAUAAUCUUUAUGAUAUUAAAAAAAAAUCACUGGUUAGCAUUUUAUGUCUCGAAACUUAUCGCCCGAGUAUGGUAUCAUGGGGUUUGACUUUUACUGGUUCAUGCAGCUGGAGAUUUUCAAGAAGACCCUCAUGCAGUCACUUCAGGAGGAUGAGGAAAAACCUGUGAGUUCUUACUUUCCCGUCCUUGUCACUCCCAUUUGCCUCUGGGACAUAAAAUGAUCUCCUGUGAUGAUUGCUCUUGGAAUUGGGAGCUUCUGGUCAAACUAAGUUCACACCGUUCUAUAGAAUGCAGGGCAUCCAAAGGUCAGUCCAAACCGGGGAUCUACGUUAGGGCUUUCUUCACCUGUGUCAACACGAACAGGUACUGUUCUAAGAAAGUUUGGCACCCUUACUCUGCAUCUUCAGCUUCUAGAUUCGACGGUCAGUGUGGAAUUAUAUUCAUAACUAGCGCUUCUCCCAUGAUAACUUGGCGUGAUACACCUUUUUCAUGAGAAUAUCUUCAGAUAUUAAGGUUAUAUGCAAGUGAUAUAAGAAUCUAGAAUUGACUGGAGGUAAUGGGCGUUCAUAAGUUACUCUUUUCACCUGAGAAAAUCGACGUUAUGUACCCUUUUUAUUAGAAAGUGGUCGCACAAUAAGGCUAUAGAUGCAUGGUACAUGAGUAGUAUUCAUGGGCAUAGACUGACUCUCCUCUAAUUGUAUGCCAGAAAGCGAUGCUGCUUCUCAGUUUUCCGAAACUGGAAGCUCUGUCUCAGAUGGUACUAGCCUGAUUGAAUCAGAUGGUAUGCCCAUAGAACAUCUUUAAUGGCGCCGUUCUUUCCCCCUUGGUGAUGAUCUCCUCACAUGUUAUUAUCGAAUACUCUGGCGGUUUCAGCCUCGCCCGCUCUCCCAGCUUUGAGACAAGCGGCCUCUCAGGGCCUGGCGUUGACAUUGGGAUCUCGGAGCACCACCCCAAAGUUGACCCCUCCAGAUUCUCCCACGCGGCAAUCAGCUUCCGCAUCACCAACUCGUCUGUCCAAACCAGGGUCUCCCAGACGCCAAUCGAUUGCAUUCACAAACGCGAGGCAGAUGUUCGACGAAAGGCCUUCGAGCUUCUCCUCCAUGCCGUCGAGCCAGCACAGCUCCAUGUCGGGGUCCUUCGAUCCCGGAGCUCACACUGGUUGGUUCUCAUAGCUCUCUGAUGAGUGGCACCUGAAAUCCCGGCCCUCCUGUCGUUCUUCUUGCCUCACCUUCUCCCCGAUGGUUGCUGCAGGCCGAGCCCGGGUCGACGGGAAGGAGUUAUUCCGCCAAGUCCGGUAAUGAACGGACGACUCGAGUUCUAGUGAUAAUAUCCGGAGACCCUCGCAGAUGAGUUGACCUUCUGCUUAUCACCACUUGUCUUCGUUCACAGGACCCGCCUGUCCUACGAGCAGUUCAGCGCUUUUCUCGCCAACGUCAAGGAGUUGAAUUCUCACAAGCAAUCCAGAGAGGUAAGGAUUUCCCUAGCUCUCUAACUCUCUCUCUCUCUCUCUCUCUCUCUCUCUCUCUCUCUCUCUCUCUCUCUCUCUCUCUCUCUCUCUCUCUCUCUCUCUCUCUCUCUCUCUCUCUCUUCUCUCUCUCUCUCUCUUCCCUCUCUCUCUCUUCCCUUCCCUUUCUCUCUCCCCCUUCUAUAAUCCUGCAUUCUUCAGGAAACUCUGAGAAAGGCGGAGGAGAUAUUUGGUCCAGACAACAGGGAUCUCUACGCCAUAUUCGAGGGGCUGAUCAGUCGCAACCCCCACUGA